CCUACAAGCCAUCCAGGGCUUUGGCUAGGUCAUGGCCAUGUGCCAACAGAACGGGGGGAUGCCUUUCCUCCCCGGUAUGUACCCAUUCGCCCUUCCAGGCGCGGGGACCAUGCCUCUACAAGCUCCGAUGGCGGUGACGUCGUUCCAGACGCCGAUGCCGCAACCAUCACCUUUCCAGCCCCAGCUGGUCAGCACCAUGGCCCCUGUCAACUUGGCCGGUGCACUUAACGCUGCAGGGCCGUCGCAUCCCCCGCAAGCUACGGAUCCGCAGAUCACUCCUGAUGGUCAUUGCGUCUCGAUUGAGAGUGAUGACGGCGAGUGGGACAUCCCAAGGGCCCACAAGAAGAAGAAAGGAAAGAACAUCCGGCCAGCAACCUCCCGAAACUCCGCCUUCGAAAGGCUGGGGGAUAGGGAGGAAGGCCAGAGGAAGUCAGCCAAGCAAAGGCUGGGGCAGAGUGUUGCCCAUGUCAGCGCGUUCGCCCGGCUAGGCGAGGUGCGGGAGGCCGAGCCUGCCCGCACCCGGCGCUCCCGGUCUAACCGGCAGGAGCCAGCGAGAACGAGGGCCUCCCACCAAGAAGGGGAGGCAGAGAGCCAGCCCAGGUUACCGGUGGCGAACCGGUUAACCGUCCCAAACGACCGCGUCCAGCAGAUGGAGGCAAAGCUGGAAAGACUGGAAAAGAAGGUCGGGGAGAAGAAUGACCGGGGCAAACCCCUGGCAAGGUCCCCGUUCACCACAAGGGUCCAUCUGACACCUUUCCCGCGAAAGGUCAAGAUUGACGCCCCCAGAUUCACCGGGAAGGAAGAUCCGGAAAUCCACCUGGACUCCUUCAACCAGAGUGCGUCCAUGAACGGUUGCACCGAUGAAGAAAAGUGCCUACUUUUCUUCCAGACCUUGCGGAACCGAGCCACUGAAUGGUUCAAUAAGCUUCGCCCGGGAAGCAUUGACUCGUUCGGUGAUUUGGCCUCAAAAUUCAAGGCCAAGUUCCAGGAGAAUUGUACUAAGAGGAAGAAGUUCACCUAUCUUACAAGGCUGCCCAUCGAAGCUGAAUUCCCUACGUUCCGGGAAUCAAACUAUCAACCCCAACAAAAUGAGGAAGAUCACUUGGCCGAACUCAACUUGGUCGAAGAGCGGAGAAUGGCCGCGGAAGUCAAAAUGAGCACAUACCAACAAGUUGUGAAGAAGUACCAUGACAACAAGGUUGGGCCACGAUACUUCCAAGUAGGGGAUGAAGUCCUACGAAGAAGAGAAGCAAGUAGACCCGGCGACGGAGGGAAGCUAGCAAAAAACUGGGAAGGCCCGUAUAGGGUUAGAGCCAUCAUUCGCCCGGGGACAUACCGGUUAGAAACUCUCGAAGGGGUAUCGGUAGAAAGAACCUGGAAUUCCCAUCAUCUUCGCAAGUUCUACAAAUGAUUGUAAUACUAGGCAAGGCCUACUUUAUUAUCAAUCAAACCGAUGAUGUUCAAUACUCUAUUUGGUAGCGGCAGGAUGGAUAGGUCGAACCUAUCCUAGGAGGGCUUCCUGGGUGGAUCGAAUCCACUCGGCUAAGCCAACUGAGACACAGGCCCAGACCUGGCACGCUUGUUACUACACCGGUCUUGCUCAGUAUAAUAGAAAAAAUAUCAAAACCCGGAAGAGGGGCCCGGAAGAGGCUAUGCCUGCAAGAGGGCUGGACCUGGAAGAGGGUUCGAACCGUACUUACACGGGCCCAUGAGGUUUGACUGGUGUCGGGG